GAGCGCAUCGCUCCGGUCUCCCCGUGCCGCCCGUUAGUGCGGCGCUCCGGGUAGCGACAGCGUCCGCAGCGCGAUGGCUCCGCAGAGGCGGGCGGGGCCCAAGGCUGCCGAGAGCGGCGGGGGCAGCGCGGGGACCUGGGCGGACAGGGGGGAGCGGAGGCGCCUCAGCAGUGUGAGGAAAAGCAGAGCCCACCAAGAAUCACGGAGGAAGUGGCUGAAAGUCGCAUUCCUAGUCUCCUCUGCUGUCCUUGUUAGCCUCUUGAGCUGGAGCUACUUGGUCAGCGAAGAUGGGGUCGCCGAGGUUCUGGCUCAUUACAGCGAAAGUCUGCAGGACAGAUUCAUUGAGGUGCCCUGCUCCGAGGACUAUGACAGCCAUAAAAGAUUUGAAGGGUGCACUCCUAGAAAGUGUGGAAGAGGCAUAACAGACGCAGUAAUCACCAGGGAGGAAGCUGAAAGAAUCCGUAGAAUAGCGGAGAGGGGACUGUCCUUGGGAGGAUCUGAUGGAGGGUCUUCUCGAACUUUCCCGGUGCUCCAAGACUUCUUGAAAAUCAACAUUAAUGGUCCGGCUUCAAUCUUGGAUUUGCAUUCUGGAGCUCUUUCAGUGGGGAAGCAUUUUGUUAAUCUGUACAGAUACUUUGGGGAUAAAAUUCAAGAAGUCUUUACAGAAGAGGAUUUCCAGUUAUACCGUGAUGUAAGGCGGAGAAUUCAGCAAACAAUAGCUCAGGCAUUUGGUAUCAGCUCUUCUUCUAUGUAUCUGACCAAGCCAACCUUCUUCUCAAGAAUAAACAGCACAGAGGCCAAGACAACGCAUGAUGAGUACUGGCACCCGCACAUUGACAAGGUAACCUACGGAUCCUUUGACUAUACAUCGCUGCUUUAUCUGUCUGACUACACUGAAGAUUUUGGUGGCGGGCGAUUUGUGUUCAUGGAUGUCGGUGCUAACAGGACUGUAGAACCCCGAGCAGGUAUCCUUGUUAGUCUCUUUUUGCGGAUACAGACUAACACGGCUGCUACUCUGAAAUCUGAUUCAGGUCGGGUUUCCUUUUUCACCUCUGGGUCGGAGAACCUUCAUCGAGUGGAAAAGGUUCGCUGGGGCACUCGUUAUGCCAUUACCAUCUCCUUCACUUGCAAUCCCGACCACGGCAUUGAGGAUCCAGUCUUAACGUAAUCCGUCCUGGGAGAGAAUGUGAGGUCGAAUGGAAUGAUAGGAGAAGCCCUGUGAGGGGAGAAAAUGGAGAUAAUUUCCUAUGUAAAUUCCCAAUCAAUUAAAAUUUCCCUACCUGUAUUUAAUAUAAUGUAACAUCAUUUUCACACAUCUUCCUCCAUAAGUGUUGCAAACAGUGCCUUAAGGACCAUAUUUAAUUCAACAUUCUGUUAAAAAAGGGUUUUGUUUUUUUAUUCAUCCAAUUGAGGAAACAAGACCUUUUUUAUUUUAGGUUACUUUGCUUUGAGGAAUGCAGAGAAAACAUAUUGAACCAAGUUCUGCUGGGCCCUAUGCCAUUGUUAGCUGGUGUAAUAGACCAGAAUUUGGCCCUUUAAAUCUUGUCAUCUCCAUCCUGUCACAACACCUAAGAUAGAACAAGAAGGACAUUAUCCUCCUGUUGGCCAGCCUUUGUUCUUCUUGCAACCGAUUCUCUUAGUCAUGGGCAUUAUUUGCAAACACACACGUGGUUUUGUCUACUGGAACUUACUUGAACUGUUCUUUAGAUUACUACAGGUAUUUAAAGCUAAACAUGGGGGGCAGGGAAGGUGAGGAGUGUUUAGUAUCAAAUAAAAUUAGGGAACUAAAUUGUCUGUUUGGUGAAUCAAUAGCCUAGGGCUUCAAAAGAGCAAUCUCAGUAGUGCAACAGGGAUGGCCAAAGUGCUAACAGGAUGUGUCAUAUUGGUCUUGGCUCUGAUCAGGAAGAAGCAUUUGAUGUACUUGGCUCUGGGGUAGUUCUUUUUUUCCCAGCUGAAUCUCCAUAGUGACCAUGAAGGUAGUUGCACUCAGCUGUUUGUGUGAAUUGUUUUGUUUGAGCAUUUUAAAUGUUUAAUUCUUUAAAUAUAAUUAAAGGAAAUUUCAAAAUGAAAAAUAGUUUAAACUUCCAAAAUGUUUAGAUUUUUUAAAUUUGAAACAAAACAUUUUGAUUUUUUUCUUCAGAUUUUUUUUUUUUAGGAUAGUCCACCCAAGACAAUUCUGUGACAUUAAUAAAUUCACAAAAUGUUUUGAGACCCCAAAGCUGCAUUUUUCACUGAACAUGUUGGCCAAAAGUUUUGUUCAGCUCUAUUUUUAUUGGCUUUAAUUAGCAAUAAAGCACUUCAGACAUUUGAUAUUUGGUUGAAGGGCGCUCUGAUUUUGUUGUCAUGCUUCACAACACUCAACUGCAGUCAUGGAACAGCUCUUAACUUUCUGGCUCAAAUAAUGAAUCAAGUUGUUCAGAAGUUUCUGAACAAUUUGCUUUGGCCUAGUGUAAAGAUUUUCCCUUAACCAUGGAUGCUCAUCUAUGGUAUGUCUACUGGAAUAAUGUAUUUCAAGGACUUCAGAAAACCGUGGGUUGUGCCAUAAAUAUAGAACUAGUAGCAAAACAAAUGACUAAUCUUGUCAAUUACUUUGCUUUAUUGUGGUAAUUAAGGGAUUUGCAGAUUAGCAUUUUGAUCAUUUAAUUGUAGGAGAAACAAGAAGUUUCCUUAGAUACUGAGUUCUGAUGAAAGUCUUCUAUUGACAGUAUAGCGUGAAUUUGUGUCACCUCUGUAGAAGUCUGUUGUAAUUGGCUUAUAGGAAACUGCGUUGUGAUUGCCUGCAUUUCACAUGCCUUUUUCCCUUUUUUUCUUUUUUAAUCCACUUAUGACAUUAGAUAUAUUUAAAUAUUGGAGGAUUCAACUGCAGCUCAGUAAUAAAAGGUGGCUUUUCUCAUUGGUUCCAUUGGUAGAGUUAUCAGCUGACAUGCCUGCAAGGCGAGUCUGCAAUGAGUUUUUCAGUUAUCAGCACACCAAGACAGACUCUUUCCAUGUGAAAGAGGAAAACUUGUCAUAGUGGCUGGAUCUAAAGAAAUAAAAAUAUUAAAGUUAGUUGGAUAGCAUGUCUAAAGGCCUGAUCGAAAACCGGUUGAUGUCCAUGGAAAGGCUCCUAGUGACUUCAGGGACCUUUAGAUCAGGCCUUAAUUGUACACAUAUGCAAGAACAGGAUUAACAGCAGCAGAUUCCUUGGGUUAGUUUUGUUAUUAAAGCUAUCGUGUCAUUUCAACUUAAUUCUUCAGGUUUUUUAGUGAGUUACAAAAGAAUCUUCACUGCAAUUUGCCACCUUAAAGUGUUUAUUGGUUAUUUCUGUGUUUCACACAGGCUGAAUUGUUUUGAAAAUAGCACAUCUUUCAGAACCAUCUUCUAAAAAGCACUUGUUUUAAUGCACCAGAGAUUAACAUAAAUUUGUUAUACAGUUGCGGGGGAGGAAUCUUAAGCAGUUCCCCGUUCAGGUUUUUCAUACUUCAAAGACUGCCUACAGGACACUUUGCAUCUCCUUCAUACUGUGAAUUCUGACUGACAUUAAAACAUAUCUAAGAACAA